AAGAGCCUUCGGAUUCCAGUUCAGAUAUUGAAAAUGGAACAAAAGAAACAUCUCAAACACAAGAUAAUGAGAAGUCUGGAAUGGCAAGCGUUAUAGCCAGAAUUUUGUCCAAAGACAUUUCUAAAAGUAAACGAGUGUUGUUAGCCAAAGGUAAAACAAGUCAGGAGAUAUUCAAAGACAUUUCAGAAAGAAAGCGACAGAGAGAGGAAUCAGAAAAUCCCAACGUAAAAAGCAAGCAUUUAAAACAUGAGAAGCUUAAUGAUGUUGCUAAAGAAGAAAAGAGAAAAAUCUGGGAGUCAAUGGGGAGGAGAAUACCUUCAGUUUUGGAUAACCCCAGGGAAGUCAAACUGCGUAGAAUUGCUACUCAAGGUAUGGUACAGUUGUUUCGGUUGGUCAGCCAAGAAAGGGGCAUAGAUAAAAGAAAGGGACAUGGUUGGCUGAAGGUAAAGAGGUAUAGGUUAAAAGGCAAGGCAUGA